AUGUGUGUUCCGUUGCACGCAGUGGACACGACCAUGGACAACGUACCUCCUGUGCCUGCGCUGCCAACUGUGCUUGUGUCUGCGCCACCGACAGUGCCUGCGCCACCGCCUGUGCCUGUUCCUGCGCUGCCGACUGCGCUACGAGGUGCCAUGGACGUACAAAACGCGUUUGCGCUACCAACAUCGGAGGACAUCGACGCGACCAUAGCGGAGACGGACAAGGUUAGCAACUCGACUGUGCCUAAGCUGCUGCCGAAAACAGAGCACCAAGCCAACGUCCGGCUUCCAGAAUCGGCUUUCGCCGUCCUCCCGUGUUCGUUGACUUUGAAAGGCUUGCACCCCCCGCAGUGGAUCAAGGCGUCUGAAGAAUGGGCGCUUUUGGACUCGAAAUCGGACAUCCACCACAAGCCUGCUCAGAGGUUCGCAAGGCAUGUGGUCGAUGACAUGCUCGAAGAACGAGCUGGAUACGCUGAGAACUUCAAGAGCUACGAAACAAAACUGCAUGCUUGCGAAACGAAGCGACAAGCCGUGUUUGAUGACUUCAGCAACCGCAAUGACGAUGUCAGAAAGCUGCAUGACAAGCUGAAAGAGCGCGAUGAGCAGAUUGAACAACUCAACGGCAAAUGA